AUGGUGGACCAGAAGUUCUGUCACGCCUUCCAGGUCGGCGCCUGUACGAGAGGCGAGGCCUGCAGGUACGCACACAAGCUCGACCCAAACUUUAAGCGCAAAGCCUGUGCGCAUUUCGCGAAAAACAAAUGUAACCGAGGCAAAGAUUGCAAGUUCUCUCACGCCAAGGAGGACAUUGACCUUCUAAAAGCCACAUCGGGCGCCAGUGUCCCUGGCGGUACCUCUGCCGGUGCGUCUGGCUCCGUCUCGACUGCUACGACAGAAGCUCAAUUUAAGCAAUGGCGCUACAACAUUCCCAUUCCGGAUGCUUCUCGUGGGAAGACGCGCCCACUGGGUGGUCCGGCAAUGUCCAACUUCUGCAAGCAGGCGCUCGCGCUCGUUAGCGGCGAAGCUGGACUCAUGCAAGAAGUCAUCUCGCUACUAGCCAGCGAAGGCGGCUCACAGCGGCUCACAGAGGUUGUCGAUCAAGGCUUCGAAGGGCUGAAUGAAGCACAAACUGCCCAUAUCUUCGACGCUCAGAUUCUACCAUUCUUCCAGGCCAUUAGUCACAAGAACGUCCUCGCUUCUGUCAUCAUGAACGGCCGCGUCAUGACAAUUUACAACAUCAUCUAUGGCGGAGAUGGCCAACGUGUUGUCUCCCUCUUUGCGGCGGUCACGAGGCAUCUCCAGUCGCUGCAGUUGUUGGACGCCGAGAAUUCGCAGGUGGCCAACCUCCAGUCUGUGCUGGCUAUCGAGACAAGUCUGGCGGUGCUGCAUAAGCUCAUCGAGGUCAAUACCGAGGCUCAAGUCCACGAUGGCUUGAAGCUGGUGGGGGAGACAUUCUCGACAAUCCUUGAGGAGCCCUUGCCGGAGACAGCUGCCUUUGCGUUCAAGCCAGCUCAGAAAUGCCUUCGCCGGAUUGAGCAGCGUCUCGGUCUUGGCCAGGCAUUACCGGAGUCCAAGGAUUACGUGAAGACGGUAGGCCACCGUGCCACUUUCGAGCUUGCACGUGAGCUACCAGGCGAGCUCUCCGAGGACGGCCCAAGGCACGACAACGACAACGUCGACAUCCGGCGUAUCUCCAUCCUGCCGACUGUGCAGGAGAUACAGAGCUCCCGCACGGAGUAUCUACCGCCCGCUGAUCCAAGGAAGUGGCACAUCGGUGGUCUUCGAGGCCUACUUGACCGCCACUUCCGCCUGUUGCGAGAAGACACCGUCGGCCAACUCCGGGACGCUGCGAAAUUCGAGUUAGAGAGGCUGCAGAAUCCCCGGCCGCAGGACGGCAACAAUAGGCGCGAGCAUCAAGGCGCGCGUACUUUCGUGUACGAGAACGUCACCUUGUCGGAUCUUGCUUUCGAUGCCUAUGGCGGGAUGGAGUUCGUUCUGAGCUUUGAUCAACCGAAAGACCUGCACAGCAAGUCGGAAGAUGAGCAUCGAGAGUGGUGGCAAAGCUCAAAGCGUUUGGGCUACGAGGCUCUGAUAUGCUUGCUUAGCAGCGAAGGCUCCGUGACCUUCUUCGUUGUCUCUCGCGUACCUAUGAAGAAGAAGAAGAAAGACGACGAAGAUACCGACACAGUGCAAUUGCACAAGCAGUACAACCUCUGGUCCAACCAGGAGCGCGCAAAUGUCAUUGCUAAGCCAGUCGAGCAGUCGGACGUCCAUGCGUUGCUCGAUAAGCUGCUUCACAGCAACACUGAGCAGUAUUCGCUUGUUGAAUUUCCCGGAAUCCUGUUGCCGGCCUUCAGACCUACACUUCAAGCGAUGCAGCGGCUAAGUGAUAGCCUGGAUGUGCCAUUUCCGGAGAUUCUUGCUCCAAUAUCGACGCCAGCAAAUCCAAGCCGGGAGGCCGCGAUCGACUUACCAGCGUAUGCCAUGAAGCCUGGCUUCCGGUUUAAUCUAUCUGGGGUCACAGAGCCAGGAUUUAAUCUUCACCUCACGCCGGCCCAGAAUAUGGACGCCAUGGCCGAGGAGCUGGCAAUUUACUCUACCCUCGAUCCCGGUCAAGCUCAGGCAGUCGUCUCAUCUCUAUCAAGGUCACUUGCGCUCAUCCAAGGUCCGCCUGGAACUGGCAAGUCGUACACGGGAGUCCAGCUAAUCAAGAUACUGUUAGACAACAGAGCAGCCGGCGAGCUCGGACCAUUGAUCUGCGUCUGCUACACGAAUCACGCUCUUGACCAAGGCUUAGAGCGCCUCGUGGACGAAGGUGUAAAGCAUGUCGUCCGCAUCGGUGGCAGCUCAAAGUCGGAGCGUUUAGCAGAGGUCAACCUGAGGGCAGUGACGCAACGCUUGGAUCUCACAAAGACGGAGAAGGGCGAUCGAUGGUCGCUAUGGAAGAAUAUCGAGGCCGAAGCUGAGGAGAUUAACCGCAUUUUAUCUCAGAUCCGUCAACUCGGCGCUGAGGAUGCUGUGGCGGCCCACCUAGAAAUGCACAACCCAAAGCAUUACGAAAAUCUAUUCGGCGGCGAAGACGAAGACGGCUGGCAGAUUUCUGGACGUCACCGUGGCAGUGUACUGGAUUCCUGGUUGAAGAGCGCAGCAUGGGGUCAAGGUAGGCCUCGUUCGGUAGACGUGCUGCAGGACGUGCACGUAGGUAAUAUGACAGGAUUCGAGCGUCGCAUUCUCCAUCAGAGCUGGCUGGACAAUAUACAGGAAGACCUCCAGGAUAUGCUGCGACGUGCGUUGAGCGAGUACAAUCGAGUUAAGCAGCAGCACGACCUCAUUAGCACCGAGCUUGAUCUCCGCGUCCUUCGGCAGGCAAACAUCAUCGGCAUCACGACAAGCGGCCUGGCCAAGAAUCUUGAUCUCAUCCGCCGCACGGGUGCCAAGGUGCUUGUGUGUGAGGAAGCUGGUGAAGUACUUGAAUCUCAUCUCCUGACUGCACUGCUGCCGACUGUUGAGCAUGCGAUUCUUAUCGGCGAUCACCAGCAACUUCGCCCUCACAUCCAGAACCAUGACCUCUCAAGCGAAAGCAAGAGCGGACUCCAAUACUCGUUCGAUGUGUCGCUUUUCGAGCGCCUCGUCCAGCCCCGCGACAUCCUGGCGCAGCCUCUGCCAUACUGCACGCUUUCGGUGCAGAGGAGAAUGCACCCUUCCAUCUCACAGCUCGUUCGCAAGACGCUUUAUCCCCAGCUGGAAGAUGCGCCUUCGGUCAUGAGCUAUCCGAAUGUGGUCGGGAUGCGUCAACGACUGUUCUGGAUGCAUCACGAGCACAAGGAGAAUGGUGCUGAAGGUGCGAUUUCCAUGUCUCACACGAAUGACUUCGAAGUGGGAAUGGUAGCUUCCCUUGUCACUCACCUGGUCCACCAAGGCAUAUACGCCUCUGACGAGAUUGCCGUCAUUACACUGUAUCUUGGUCAACUGAGGAAGAUCCGGAACAAGCUGGGUUCUACCUUCAAUAUCGUCCUCAACGAGAGGGACGUCGAAGACCUUCAGAAGCAAGCCGACACAGAUCCUGACGAUGGCGAACUUGUUAUUGAGAAGCUCACUCGUCCAUCGUCCAUCGCUCGUGGCACCCUCCUACAGGCUCUUCGGGUCGCAACAGUCGACAACUUCCAAGGAGAAGAGGCGAAAGUCAUCAUUAUCUCCCUGGUACGCAGCAACGCCAAGAACAAUCCAGGCUUCUUGAAGACUUCCAACCGGAUCAACGUGCUAUUAUCUCGGGCCAAACACGGCAUGUACAUCAUUGGCAACUCCAACACAACGAGCAAUGUUGAGAUGUGGUCGGCCGUCCUGGACAUCUUCCGCGGAGAUGGUAACUUCGGGAACGCUCUCGAAUUGUGUUGCCCGAGACACGAGGCAACACCGCUCUCAGUCAAUGCCACAUUCUGCCAGAACUGUGCAACGGGCAACAUCAAGAGCAUGACUGUUGACUUCAUUAUGUUCGAGACUUAUGCUGAUAUUAAUCUCGACGAUAACCCAUGCAUAUUCACGGCAUGCGGCCACAUAUUCACUAUCGGCAGCAUGGACGGUAUCAUGGACAUGCCGAAACACUAUGUUAUCGAUACCGAGACAGACAAGCCUCGUGCGCUCAAGACUUCUUCUGAGCCGUUCUCCUCUGGAGAGUUAAAGGUCUGCCCAGCCUGCAGAAGCUCCCUCCGCAGUGUCGCAAGGUACGGACGCAUCGUCCGGAGAGCGUUGCUCGACGAGAGUGCAAAGAAGCUCACUGCCUGGUCGAACAGCACUCAUGCCACUCUGGAAGAGCGUCUAGCUCAAGACCAGGAGAAGCUUCUGGUCAGUCUCGACAGGUCCCGGAAGCCUGGCCAGGACUUGAAGCUACUCGGCCAGGUCUCCGAGCAGGUGAAGGCGGUCAAGCGUCUCAGCACGGUCUCCCGCUACCAGAAAAUCAUCGCUACCCGCAACAAGAUCCAGGCCUUCGCCAAGAAACUGGGCAAAGAUGAGCAGCCAUAUCAGCGAGUCCGUAACUUAGUGGAGACUGUUCGUCGUCAGCACCAAGACUCCAGCAUGGCAGAGUUCGACUUCUCCAGCGCCGAGCUGCAGUUGCGAGAGCACUUACAAGCCACCAGCCUGCUGGUUCGUUGCGAAAUCAUCUUGCUUUCAGACGUCGUCAGUAUGCACGACAAGACUCCGGCAGGCAGGAUGAAAGGCACUCUCCAGAUCGACUUUACAGCAAAUCGCACCCGUUGCGACUUACUGGUGAAGGAGGCUCAGAGCACGCAGAAUUUUCGCCAGGCAGUUGAAGGCGACAUCUUUUGGGCUCGAUUUGCAGCAAUGGAGUGUGGCAAUAUCGACGCCACGGCGGAGGGCGCUCAGCCCGGAGCCCUCCACGUCCAGGAAGUAUUGAACAAAGCGGGAUUUGAUCGUCUAGACUCAGCCGACAAGGUCUGCAAAAGCUUUGUCGGUAAGGAUGUCAACCCGACGAAAGGCUUGAAAGACGAGAUCGUCGACGUCCGCAGGAUGCUCAACAAAGGCGUCUCCACGAGCGAGAUGAAGAUGGUCGUCGCCGCGAUGGCAAGGGAGUUCAGCGGCACUGGGCAUUGGUACCGAUGCGUGAAUGGGCAUCCGUUUACAGUCGGCGAGUGCGGCAUGCCGAUGCAACUUGCACGGUGUCCGGCGUGCGGCGCUGGCAUCGGUGGCCAGAACCACCAGGCCACGGCUGGCGUCGAGCACGCGCGGGAUAUCGAGGAGGACUUCGGUAACAUGCAUCUUUGA